UACAACGACAUGCUUGGCAAACAAGAAAACGUGAAAGCCGCUCCCCAACCACCAAAUGCCUUUCCUUUCUCGUCUUGGUCCCUACAAGCUCGCGCCACCGCUCCCCCAAAAUAUUUUUCACUUGUGAAUCCGUUUUCUUCCCCGCCUUCUCUUACGCUAUACCGUUACUACUGAUUGUUCGUUGUCUUCCUUUCCUUUGUUGAGUUAUUGCCAGGAAACGAAUCAAAAUCAGAGCAAAAAACCCUAAUUUUUUUAUUUUCUCAUUUCUUUCUUCUUCAUUUUAAGAGCUCUGCAAAUUAAGGAAGUUUUGAUACUGCCGGCGAUCAUCAUGGUUUGGUCUCCUCAAUCUGCCGCUAUUGCCUACCUCGAUACCGUAAAGCUGUGCAAAGAAGUGAAAGAGCCAAGCAGUCCAAUUGAACCAGAAAGCACUCAGUUCCUAUCAGCUCUGGCCGCCGGCAUGAGCGCCCAACACAUCGUCGAAGUAUCUCCACAAGCAUCUCAAUCCACGGUGGCGCUCGCCGUCGCCGCCCGGCAAACCGGCGGCCGACUCGUCUGCAUCCUCCCUCAGCCGGAGUCUCUGGUUGAAUCAAAACAAGUCAUUGAGGAUUCCGGCCUCACAGACAUAGUAGAAUUCAAGGUAGGCGAUCCCUACAAACUGUUGCCAGAGUGCGAGAAUGUGGACUUCUCCGUAGUGGAUUGCAAGUCCGAAUCCUACACAGGCCUGCUCAAGCUGCUGGACAUGAAUCCCACCAAGUCUGUUGUGGUGGCCAAUAACUUGGUGGGGGAUAAAUCAGGGCUGGGAGGGGAGCUGCAGAGUGUGCAGAACAAGAGUGAUGUGAGGUCUGCGAAGCAUCCUAUUGGGAAGGGCAUGGAGGUGACGAUGAUUGGGAAAAGCGCUGAAUUUGCUGCGAAGGAUGCGAGGGGUUGGAGGCAUGAGAGGAAGGGGAGGGGAGGUUCGAGGAGGAGGGGAAGCAGAAAGAGUUCAUGGGUGAUGAAGGUGGACGAGGUUAGUGGUGAGGAGCAUCUCUUCAGAAUUCCACAGUCCAUCUAAUUACUCUGUUUAAUCUGAUAUUUAUGAUAUUUAUGUGUUAAUUACACGAUUAGACUGUGUUAUGAGGCCAUGAGCAUGGCUGAAUUAUAAUAACUGUUGUAAUGUACUUGUUUUUGCCUGAGAGGAGGUUGUUGAGAGAUUUAGAUGAAAGAGGAAGAGAAAUUUUGAAGGAUUGGAAGGCAAGUUCUUGGCUUUUUCAAUCACUGCUAUUGUGGUUUACAGUUGUGUAUUAAAGAUUGGAUUUUUAUUUUGCAGUAUGGAGUGAUUUGAGAUGAAUCAUGUAAGAAUGAUGAUAUGUUACUGAUUCACGUUGUAGUUGUUGUCGUUGAGAGAAUGGAAGUUGUUCCAUCUCUCUGAAGGAUUUGAGCUGAUAAAAUGGGACAGUUUUCUUGAGUUAAAAAAGGGUGGCCGGCUAGUUUUUGAGAAAUUAUUGUGUGUUACGUGAUCGCACGCACGAACGGCCAAUCAGUUGGGAGAGUACAUCACAACAACUUCAUCUAUCU